AUGACGAUUACCGAUCUCCCACGAGAAUUGGAAUGUGAAAUACUAUCUAGGGUUCCUCCCACAUCUCUACACAAAUUUCGAUCUACCUGCAGACGAUGGUAUGCUUUGUUCAAAAACCCUAGAUUCAUCGAGAAGAAUUUAGGUAAAGCAAAAAGGCAGUUUAUCUUAAAGAAAGAUUUUAGUGUUUAUUCAGUGAACCUCAAUCUCCAUGGAAUCAACAACAAGAGAUUUGAUCCAUCCAUUGAGUUUACAGGUAAACUCAACAGCCUAAAAGAUUCAGAACAGACGAUGAUACAUGCUAUCUUUCAGUGCGAGGGUUUGUUUUUGUGCACCACCAAAGACAAAAGAAUCGUGGUUUGGAACCCUUGUACUGGUCAAACCAGGUGGAUCCGGAUCCAACCCAGGAAUGAUGAUCACUUAGCUUACGAUUCGUAUGCUCUAGGGUACGGAAACAACAAGAACAAAUAUUCUUGCGAUAGCUUCAAAAUCUUGAGGUGUAGAACGCAUAAAAACAACAACCUGGGAAUCUGGGUUAUGGAGUUUGAGUUGUAUUAUUUUAACACUGAUUCAUGGAGACUUCUUGAUGAAGACGCUCAAAGAAAUUUAACAGUUUCCUGGCGCUGGAUGAUAACUAGUCAUGGCGUGUCUUUGAAGGGAAAUACUUACUGGGUUGCUUGGGAUAAAAAAGAACCUAACGAUAUUCAAUUCUUGCUCAGGUUUGAUUUCAAAAGAGAGAGAUUUGAACAUUUUUCUCUUCCGUUUAGUGGUUCCGGAACUAUGUUUCUCUCGGUGGUUAGAGAAGAGAAACUUGCUGUGCUACUUGAUAGGCCCAAUUUUGAUUCGUCGAGAGAGAUGAAGAUAUGGGUGACCGACACUAAGAUCGAUGAGGCCGUCACAGAUAUGGAAUAUGUCUUAGUAGUGGAUUUCAGUAGAGUUUUGAGAAGAGGUAUGACCGUGGUGAGCUUCUUGGUCGACGAGGAGAAUGAAAGAGUCGUGUGUAGUGGUAGAGACACCAAAAAGGGAAACAAGAACGUAAUUUACAUUGUUGGAGGAGACGGGAACCAUAAACACUCGUGUAAACAAAUUCUUGGAGAGAUUGCACAAGGACCAGCUGAUGACUGUUGGCCGUUUCUUGACAGUUAUGUUCCAAGUUCGGUUCAAAUUCAGCAAGUAGAGGCAGCAAAUGCAAAAGGUGAUUGA